CAAAUUGUAGCGGCCGCCGCUCGUGAAUGCACCGGGCUGGCUGGCCGCUUUCGCCACCCAAACAAACCCUCAGCUGCACCGCGUGCGGUUCCCGCGCCGACUCCUGCCUGCCUGGCGCCCGGGAACCUCGCCUCGUCCGCGGCUCCCGGUGCCAUCCCAGGCACGAGAAAGUUGGGAGCGGAGUGAGUGUGGGGGCUGAAGAAGAGACUCUCUCCUCCCCUCCCCAGGACUGCGCGGGGAAGGUGGGAUUAAAGGCGGAAAAGGAGGAGAGGGAGGGUGGAAAACUGUUGAAUUUCUGGGCUUGCGCUAGCGACGCGUCUUGGCCAUCCUCGCAGAGGUGAAGGAGAAGAGGGGAAAGUAACUCGGGGAAGUGACGGGGAUUAUUUUUCAAUCCGAGAGGAGUCUUUUGGAAAAGAAAAGCAACGAUUUGCACGCCCUGAAGAGCGAGCUAGUAGGAAGCCUUGCACAGACACAUGCUCCUGGGCGAGCGUGCAGGAUCCUACUCUUCCUCAAGUCAACAGGGUACUACGUUAAAAAAAAACACAUAGUAAACAGAGACGCGUCAUGCAAGAGAAAAAAAAGAAGAUGGGAAUGAAGGAAAAAAGAAACUAAAACCAGGGGGAGGCGGAGAAAACACAGUGACAGCAAAUUACUUCCAAAACAGAGUGUAUGUCUGCCGUGACCCGGGAUUUUAGGAGGUGCCUCCUUAAGAAUCACCCCUUUCUCCAACCCAAGUCUCUCUUCUCCUCUGACACAGACUCCUCUGCUUGGUUGUAGGAGAGAAGAAGGAAUAAGAGGAUUCGUUCAGCAGCGCCUGCGAUCUGCGGCUGCUGCUUCUUUGCUAACAUGUGCACCAACAUAGUCUAUGAGUGGCUGAAGACCCUGCAGCUUUCCCAGUACACGGAGUCCUUCGUAGAUAAUGGCUAUGAUGACCUGGAGGUUUGCAAGCAAAUAGGGGACCCGGACCUGGAUGCCAUUGGGGUGUUGGUACCCCACCACAGGCGCCGAAUCUUUGAAGCAGUGAUGAGGUUGAAAGAGGAGGACGAGACCGCUGCUGGUCUCUAUUUCACCUUGGAGCCUCAGCAGCAGCAGGGCUCGCUCUCCCCCUCCCCGGAGAUCUACACUAGCCACCUGGUGGAGCAGUAUGAGACUAAGGCUUGGAGGGAGCCUAGCCCUCACCAUCAUCAAGGGAACCAGGGGACGCCCAGGAGCCAAAAACUUGGGCCCCGCAGCAGGGAGCUGGUGAUUUACCCCAAACUGAAACUGAAAAUCAUGAUUAGGGAUAAACUUAUCCGGGAUGGGAUCAACCUGAGCAAGCCCCCUUACUCCAACAAGGUGAAGUAUGUAUCUGCACAUCAAUAGAGAUAAAGAAUCUGGAUGGUAUUUCUUUUGAAUCUGAACAAAGAAAAUUAGCCUCAAAUUAAAAGUAGCAGUCAUGACUACUUGACAUAAUUUAAUAUGACUUGCUUUAAGAAGAGCGAAUUUUGAAUUCAAGCCAUCUGCCUAGGGUGAUUUCAGACAUGCAGGUCUAUCACUAACCAUAUUGUGGA